AUGAAUGACAAUAACCUGCAAGAUGGGUGGUACAAAUUCACUGGUAUUGGUGGAGACCGCAUUGUUUACUACUGCCCACACAUCAGUCUGAGUUCGCCCAGUAAUGAGCUUCUUAAUAGUAGCAGAAGCUUCCAGAGUUCCUCGGCCUUCCACCUGUACACAUGUGACAUCAAUACUCCUCAACUUUUACACUGUGGUGGAGCAUUGGUCCUCUACUAUCUCACAAAAAACAAAGGAAUGUAUAUCACAUGUCAUUCAUCCUGCAGUGCAUCUUCCUGUGGUGAGUAUGCUCAGUGUAAUCCUGUGGAUGGUAGCUGUGUAUGCAACUCUGGAUUCUCCAUACCUGAAGGAUUCCUGCCCACAGGGGACUCUUAUGGAUAUAGCAUUAUCACACCAUCUGAAGAAUGCAAGAAUUUCACAGCUGAGUGUGCAGAGGAAUUCCUGGAGAACAUUCAGAACAUGACAGUUCAAGAGUUACCACACAAAACUGUGGAAAAAUAUUUGGCAUAUAUGGUAGAGAAUUGCACAAAUCUUCUGGAAAACACAGAUACUGGCCAAAAUGUUCUGAUUUCUUAUGGGAAUGCUAUACUGAAAGCCACUGAGAAACUGGUGUCUACACUGGUGAAGCAUACAGAAACCUAUUAUGUCUCCAACAUCACUUUCCAAACUUUAGAGGCUGAAGUUUUUGUGGUCGGACCUAAGGCCUCCUUGAGUGAAAUCACUCUAAAUACAAGCAACGCAUACAUGGAUAUUGAUCUUAUUGGGAUUUCGAAGAAUAACAAUGGGUCAGCUGCUGUGGCAUUUAUAAGCUACUCCAACAUGUUGAGCUUUCUGAAACCCAGCUUCUUCAACACAACUAACAACACAGUGAAGACCAUGAUGUCCACUGUGGUGUCAGUUACUCUCCCAAAAACCAACAAUACACAUCUCACUGAACCAGUCAACUUUACCCUGAAACAUAUUGUGGAAUUGGAUCCUGAAGGCUUUCUCUCCUGUGUUUACUGGAAGGAAACUGAAUGGGUUGUUGAUGGCUGUAUCAUCAUCCAGUCCAACAGUAAUCAAACUGUGUGCUCUUGUAUUCACCUCUCUACCUUUGCACUCAUCAUGCAGACUAACCCAGGCAAGGUGCAAAGAGAUGAACUGGAUCUCUUGGAGCUGCUGAACAAAGUGGCCAUGUCAGUGGGACUGGUAUUCCUCAGCUUGGCUCUACUGACCUUUGCACUUUGCCCACGGAGUCAAACAGUAACCAACAUAGCUUUGAUCAACCUGUGUACAAGCCUGCUUCUGGCUCACAUCAUAUUCCUGCUAAUACAACACUUCCUGCACACCAUAAAGCUUUACCAGCUUAUGUGCACUGCAUUAGCAGGUGUUCUGCACUUCUUUUUUCUUUCAGCAUUUGUGUGGAUGUUCUUAGAUGCUGUACUGCUGUUCAUUGCUAUGAGGAACCUAUCAAGGAUCAGAUCAAAGCAGGAGGAGGUGCUAAACUGGAAAUGUCUAAUUAUAAUUGGAUAUGUUAUUCCACUUGUUAUAGUGGGUGUGUCUGCUGGACUGUUUCUUGAUGGAUAUGGCAGUGAACAAUGCUGGCUUAAGAAAGACGGGGAAUUCUUAUGGAGUUUUCUGGGUCCUGUUUGCUUUGUUCUCACAUCAAAUGGGAUCAUCUUCAUCAUUAUCGUGGCCAGCUUCACCUAUACUCUGAAGCACCGGGACAGUGAGAUCUUGCAAAUGAAUCAGAACAGAGCUACUAAGAAACUUAUUAAGAGUGUCACGCUUAAAAUUAUGGCCCAGUCGGUCAUCCUCGGUUGUCCCUGGAUCCUGGGGUUCUUCACAAGAGGCAAUGAGGUGGUGGAGAUUCUCUUCUUGGUCCUCAACUCCCAGCAGGGCACCUUCAUCUUCCUGGUCCACUGUGUCUUCAACCAAGAGGUCAGACAACAGUACAGGAAGUGGUUGAAGGUGUUUUGCUCUUGCAAGUCUACCACUGUGACACAUGUUCAGAAGACGUUUGCAGGAAGCUUAGCUGCACAUUCAAACUAAGAUGAAAGUUAACACCAUAUGGUCAGUUUGACAGCAGCAACAACAACUGCAUAGAAGACUAAGGGGACUCCUUCUAAAUGCAAAGGGCAGUAUGAUAUGCUCAAAUAAGGGAUGGUAUGAUGUUGGUAUUAUCCUUCAGAUUGCCUUCUCUUGCCUUCCAUAACAUCAUUCUGUUAUUUGAUCUUUUAUUUGAUAUUUUAAAGUUAUAUAAGUUCAUUAUUUUUUUAUAGUACUAAUAAUAUUAAUUUAGUUUUUAAAUAUAGUAUUAAUUUAGUUUUAAUAGUAGCUGCAUAAUGCCUUCUCCCCCUGCAUAACAUCAUUCUGUUAUUUCAUAUUUUAGCUGAUAUUUUUGUUAUAUAAAUUCAUUAAUUUAAUUUUUAUAGUAAUAAUAGUAUUAAUUUAGUUUUUAAAGUAGCUGCAUAAUGCUUUCUCCCACUGCAUAACAUCAUAAUUUAUCUGAUCUUUUAAUUGAUAUUUUUAAGUUAGAUAAUUUCAUUAAUUUAGUUUUUAUAGUACAUUAGUUCAUUUAAUAGAUUGCAAUUCAUUUAUUCUGCCAACUGAAAACAAAUCUGAACAAUCAUCAGAUUUGUGUUACUGAUUGGACAAGAAAGUUUAGAAAAAAUGAAAAUGCAUCUUAAAAAUAAUGCAGUGCUUAUGUAAUUAACAAGCAAAAUGUCCUGGCAGUUCUUGUUACUUUGUAAAUAUAUAAACAGAGUGCAAUAUGCAAAAUUCCUUUUUUUUUUCCCAAAUUUAAAUAUACAUGAAUUUACUGUAUCUCAUGUUCAUACACAUUAAAAAAAAAAACUGUUUUGAUAAUUUCUAAUUUGCACUACAGUGGUUCUUAACAAUGUACAAUGUAGACUAUAGUGCAAUGUUCCAUAUCAUAAAUACAU